AUGUCUUCUCGCAGUCAACAAUCUAAGACCUACCAACGGGCCACCAAAUCGCAAACCAGUCCUCAACAACAGCACUCGAAUCACAACACUCCCAGCGUUUCAGGCUCUCGUGCAUCCACACGUUCUCAAAAAAGGAAACUCACACAAAACCAACCAUCCUCGCCUUCGCCCGGUUCGACUUGUCCUCAACAAUAUAAGCCGUACCAACGUCCAAUUGCUUCACAGCCAAGUCUUCCAGCUCAUCACUCGACUCAUCGCAACACUCCAAGGUCCUCGGUUUCAAGAUCUACUCGAUAUCAAAACAGACAUCAACAGCGUGAAACAACGGAAGACCUCAAAACUCACGAUUCCCAAAGGUCCAAUCCUGUCGAAGAAAAUCAGAAAAACUUAGAAGGACAUGAUGGAUCUCCUCAAAAGGCCGCUGAGGAUUCACAGAGGGAAGACUCCGAAGAACCUUUCAAUCAGAAUGAUUUAAAAUUAUUCAACGCUGGCUCUGAUGAUAACAACGGAACCGACCACAGUGCUUAUAAACCCGAAGAAAGCAGUGAUCGUGAUAGCAGUGAACAGGAUGAACGUGAAGACAAUCAUCCCUCCAAAGGUGUCACAGUCCGGAACACGUCUCGAACUAUGUUGAACAACCAUAGCAGACAGACUGCUUUCUCUUCCCAUAUGACCGGACCUCAAUCCCAAUCCUUCGAAAGAAUUGCUACUUGGGCGGAUCUCGAUCAAGAUGCUCGCACAGUUGGACGAAAGCUAUGUAACGUUACUGGUAGUGAGGAGCAAUUCCAUGCCUGCAUGGUGGCCACUCUAUCGAUGCGCCAAGAAAUGAUAGUGUUAUCAAAUCAGCUGGAAGAAAUCAAGAGGCAAAUAAGCAAAAUACCUCGUGGAGGAGGCUGUGCUUGGAAAGAACAAGAGCACACUGAACUCAAAGCAGUUGUUCGAUCUACAGCGCUCAAGAAAAUCAUGGACGGUGAUCUUCAGGCAUACACCGCUAAGGAGAACAAAUUCAUCAAUGAGGACCCGCUUCCCUUCUGUUUGUAUGGAAAAGUUAUGACUGACAUCUUAGGUAAACCAACCGAAUGGAAGAAGGAACAUCUUCCACCACGAUAUGGUGUUGACCCAGACAACAAAUCCAGCCGUGCAUUUCAUUCCUUGGUAAAUACUGUAUUGAAGGAGGUCAGAAAAGAUUUUGAAACUGUGGUAAGCCAUUCCGUUAUGCCUGCUUGA